GCAAGGAGCAAAGUGUACAGUGCCCUUCGGACCAAUAUAUUUGCGGAGUCCAACAUAAUUGUUCUUCUCUUUCAAGUCUACUUGAAGCAAAAUCAAACCAAGCAUCUCAGAGAGAGACUACAGACAGCUUUUUCUGCAAAUGGAGGCGGCGCCGUUUGGCUCAGCGUUCGCGUCUAAAUCACUCUCGCCACCAUCUUCAUCCUCUUCUACUUCACAAUCUCUCCUUUACUUUCGCUUCAACAAAGCCCGCCUCAAGCUCAAAUCAUCCAGAACCUUCUCUGUUCGCGCCUCCUCUCGGGGAGGAGAUUCUGUGGUGACUCUGCUUGAUUAUGGUGCUGGCAACGUCCGUAGCGUCCGGAAUGCAAUUCGCUAUCUCGGCUUCGACAUUAAAGAUGUGCAAACUCCAGAAGAUAUUUUGGGUGCAAAUCGCCUCAUCUUCCCAGGCGUUGGGGCAUUUGCUUCUGCCAUGGAUGUGUUGAAUAAGAAAGGGAUGGCUGAAGCUCUCAGUACUUAUAUUAUGGAAGAUCGCCCCUUCCUAGGAAUAUGUCUUGGACUGCAACUACUCUUUGAGUCAAGUGAGGAGAAUGGCCCAGUCUGUGGUCUUGGAAUAAUCCCUGGAGUGGUUGGUCGCUUUGAUGCAUCCAGUGGUUUGAGAGUGCCUCACAUUGGCUGGAAUGCCUUGAAAUUUAGAGAAGGCUCUGAAAUUUUGGAUGAUAUUGGAAAUCGCCACGUCUAUUUCGUUCACUCCUACCGUGCCAUACCAUCAAAAGACAACAUGGAUUGGGUUUCCUCUACCUGCAAUUAUGGCGACAAUUUCAUAGCUUCUGUAGGGAAGGGGAAUGUGCAUGCAGUACAAUUUCACCCAGAGAAAAGUGGAGAUGUGGGUCUGACGGUAUUGAGAAGAUUCUUGUCUCCAAAGUCACACAUAACAGAGAAGCCUCCAGAAGGGAAUGCCUCAAAACUUGCAAAAAGGGUAAUCGCUUGUCUUGAUGUGAGGGCGAAUGACAAGGGAGAUCUCGUUGUUACCAAAGGCGACCAAUACGAUGUAAGAGAGCAUACGGAAGAGAAUGAGGUGAGGAACCUCGGCAAGCCUGUGGACCUUGCUGGGCAGUAUUACAAGGAUGGAGCAGAUGAAGUCAGUUUUCUGAAUAUAACUGGUUUCCGCGACUUCCCCUUGGGUGACUUACCAAUGCUGCAGGUAUUGCGAUACACAUCGGAAAAUGUUUUUGUACCGCUAACCGUUGGAGGUGGAAUUAGAGAUUUCACAGAUGCAAAUGGCAGGUACUAUUCCAGUCUAGAAGUCGCUUCAGAAUAUUUUAGAUCUGGGGCGGAUAAGGUUUCUAUAGGCAGUGAUGCGGUUUAUGCUGCUGAAGAAUAUAUAAGAACAGGAAUGAAGAGUGGAAAGAGCAGCUUAGAAGAGAUAUCUAGAGUCUAUGGGAAUCAGGCAGUGGUGGUGAGCAUAGAUCCUCGUAGGAUGUACAUCAAUAGUCCCAAAGAUGUGGAGCUCAGAUCUACAAGGGUAACAAAUCCAGGUCCAAAUGGAGAAGAAUAUGCUUGGUACCAGUGUACGGUCAAUGGAGGACGAGAAGGUCGGCCAAUUGGAGCUUAUGAGCUUGCAAAGGCUGUUGAAGAGUUGGGUGCUGGAGAGAUAUUGCUUAACUGCAUUGAUUGUGAUGGUCAAGGAAAAGGAUUUGAUAUCGAUUUACUGAAGAUGAUUUCUGAUGGCGUGAGCAUCCCCGUGAUAGCAAGUAGCGGCGCGGGCUCUGUUGAGCACUUCUCGGAGGUAUUCGAGAAGACCAAUGCAUCCGCCGCGCUUGCUGCGGGAAUAUUCCACCGGAAGGAGGUGUCGAUUCAGUCUGUGAAGGAGCACUUGCUAAAGGAAGGCAUAGAAGUAAGAAUCUAGAGGGAGAAUCGCCGAUCAGAAUCGCAAGUGGGCGGCGAGUGUUUUGCUCGGGCUGAGUCGUCAGACAAAAAACCAUCUAGGUUAUCGGUCUUGUGUUACAUCGUUUCUUUCGUAUGCACGUU